CACUGUUUUCUAUGGGCGCGUAUUUGGUGUACAUGUACAUGUAGUGCCAUAGAUCAAUCCAAUGGCCAACUCUUGUGUACGUACCUAUUGACAUGCAUGAAUGAAAUGAGACUUUUUUCUUCGGAUCGUUUUACGUCGAGCGAGGACGAUUGACCUGUUGUGACGUUUGAGUGUGUACAUGUACUGCCCGAUCGCACCAUGCAUGGAGGAUGGACACGGGAUUGCACUAAAAAUUAACAUGGAGACGAAGGAGCAAUUGGACACAGCAACAGCAGUUGGUUGUCCCUCAGAAACGUCGUUAGCUGGAAGAGCUGAUGUGUGCAAGGGAUGUCCAGGGCAAAUGUUGUGCCAACAGCAAGGUGGAGCAGACCCCGACCAAGAGAUAAUUGACCUGAGAAUGAAUGCCAUCAAACAUAAGAUACUAAUCAUUUCAGGCAAAGGAGGUGUUGGCAAGUCAAGUUUAGCUGCCACUCUGUCAAUGGCCUUGGCAAAGUUGCAUCCUAACAAGGUUGGACUUGUGGACGUUGAUGUUUGUGGACCGAGCUGUCCACAGUUAAUGGCUGUUGAAAAUCAAACAGUGGUCAACACCCAGUGGGGUUGGACACCACUCAAGUCCCCGCUUGGACACAUCAAGGUCAUGUCUGUCGGUUCUUUACUUCAGCAAACAGACAGUGCUGUGGUGUGGAGAGGACCGCGUAAGACACAACUCAUCAAGAGGUUUCUAAAAGACACAUUCUGGGGCCGUUUGGACUGCCUUGUUUUUGACACCCCGCCAGGAACGAGUGACGAGCACCUCACAGUGGUGAAGGUCCUGAAGAACGUGAACCCAGACGGUGCCCUCAUUGUGACUACCUCCCAGCUGGUUGCCAUAGCAACUGUCCGCAAAGAGAUCACCUUCUGUCGCAAGAUGGGACUGAAGAUCCUUGGGGUUGUUGAGAACAUGAGUGGAUUUGUCUGCCCUUGCUGCCAGGAGGAAACAAAUUUGUUUCCUGUGGGUGGUGUUGAAGAGUUAGCUCAAGAAUUCAACCUCAAGUAUCUUGGCAAAAUCCCCCUUGACCCUAGAUUAACAUCAUGCUGUGAGGCAGGACAGAGCAUCUUCGAAGAGUACCCUGACUCCCCGGCUACAAAGGCUUUGAUUAAGCUGGCCGAAACACUGGAGACAUGCCUAAAAAGGUGACACCUCUACCAAGGAUUCAGUAGUGGAUCAGGACAGAGAUGAAUUAUUUAACAGGGUUUCAGCCAAUAAAUUUUGAACUUAAACCAAAGUUACAGUUGAAUGCUUUUUUGGAGAGCUAUUCCUCUAAAUGAGUUCAAGAUUUGGAAAUUCAGGAGUGGUUCAUGUCAAAGUUAAGUCUUUUAAGUCACUCGAGAAAAAUAAGCAAUUUAUGCCCUUUAAUCUCCAGCAAAAAGUCAUUCAAUUAAAAGGAGGAAAGAAGCUCAUUGCAAGAAGGGAUAUUCCUGGGCCAGGAUAAGAUCUGUAAUAAGUGCAUUAGCUAGUAGGUCCAGCACAUGUCAUCACUGAAAGGCUAGGACCUGAUUUCCUCAGCAAACAGCAAUACAUGUAUGAAGUACAGAGGUUAGGAUAUGACUUGCCACAUCAAUUUUUAUAUGUCUUAGAAAAUCAGGCUCUGCUUUGCUGUUGGCAAGAAAGCAAAGAGAUUUACUUGGCAGAUAGCCUACUGCAUUUUUACAGGCCAUUUGUGUGGUUUUUGUCAUUUGUGUUCUGGCAAACCUAUUAGGCAUGCAGAUAUGUAACCAACUUGGCACUCUAAAUGACCUUUCAAAAUUCAUUCAAAAGACUUGUUGGAAAUUCUUGAAUGCUGAUUUUAUAAUAAUGUUGAAAAACAGUUUAGACUCAAUUCUGAGUAAUCCCUUGGUAAAAGAAAGUACAUGUACACAUAUAGGAAGGAAACUUCGGCAGUCUUACCAUUGUAUUACUUACAGUAUGCAGUCUUGAACAGAGACUAUUCACAAGAAGAGUUACCGGUAGUCUCACUAUGAAAUACAUAGGCGAAACCUUCCCCAUAAAAUAAUUGUGAAGACUUUAUUAAAUUUAUAUCGCCAUGUAUAAUGUAUACAUCAGAUUUUGCAAAUAUUUAGAUGACCAUGUAAGAGGCACAAUGUAGUCCAUCACUAACAGCAUAAAAGUUUAUAUAUCAAUGCUACAUUGUAUACAUUUACGUGUAUCUACACAUUACUGAGGAUCUAAGCAUUGCUUACUGUAAUAAACACUGGCCAGAAGUCUUAUAACAUUUAUUUUACAAACAGAAAAUAAAUUUUAUAUGCUUUUGAAAAGCAGAAACAGCUAGACUAUAAUUGUGUUUCACACAUUUGUGACCGAGUCUGAGUAGACCCCAAAAGCAGCCAGACAACUGACAACCUAAUUACUCCACAUCUAUAGUUUCUAGAGUUUACAUCUCUGUUAUUUCAAUGCAACAUUUCAAUUUGAGUACAGAUCAGUUGCACUGCUUCACACGCUGGAUUAUCUACAGAGACAGUUGUUAACCAAGAGUGCUUUUACUUAACUUCAGAUUACAUUUGAUUUGAUUAAAUACAAUGUAUACUUUUUGUAUAGACAUUGCAGUAUUAAAUUGACAGUUUCUCAUUUUAUGACUUUGUAUAUAGUUUUAUAUUUGUAUAAUUCUACCUCUUGGUCUUGACUGUGCAAAAAGUUAAAGCAUAUUCCUGGGAAAAACUUAUUCAAUAACUGAAAUUUCUGCCAUCCUGAGGUACAAUUUUCACUCAGUCUUGAUAGUGAUAAACUAUUAAUAUAAAAAUUAAGACACAAACAUCUAAACAAACUGAGGUAUAUCUACAUUUAAAGACACAUGCUCCAAACAGCUUGAUGCAAGAGUAAUGCAAGAUGCUAAACUACAACAGCAUUUUCAGGAUGAAGAAAUCAAGCUCCACACUAGACCUUUCCAUGAAUUCUGAGUAAUAUAUUACCCUAAAACUAAGGCCACAAUGUGGAUUGUAGGAACGCUGCAGCUGUACAUUAAGGUAGAAUACAAAUGGAUGCACAACCUGUUGAUUGGGUUUAAGCUGGCCACGCUUAUUAAAUCAGAAUUUGUGAUCCAAGA